AUGUCAAAUCAGUGGUCUACGGCCUACGAUACCUACGACACCACCGGCUCAGCCUACGAUACAGUAGGAUCGAGAUAUAAUCCUUCUGGCUACAGCACCGUAGGUGCAACCGACUAUGGCGCAGUGGGCUACGGCACCGAUGCGGCUGCGACAACAUACGAUUCCACUUACGACUCGGGCUAUGGCACCACAUCUUACGAUCCCCAAAGCGGUGCUUACGACCAACACCUCGAUUACCGCACCCCUACUGGGCGGCGACACCACCGCGAGCGAGUCGACCAGAGCGGCACCUAUCGGCACCGCGACGUUGACCGAUAUGAUGACGGGUCCACUCGCGUCCACCGAGAAUACGACAAUCCCAAUACUGGUACCAGCUACCACCGCGACUACGAGCGCUAG